CAAGCCGGUAACUCGUGCGAAGCUAGCGAGAAAUCUACGGAGAGAGAAGGACAGAGGGGAGAGAGAAUGAGAGAGCAUUUAGACUAGGGGGUGAUUAUUGUAAGCAAAGUCUACACAAUAAUACAGCUGGCCACUGCUAGACGUGUAUCUGGGUGGCUAAGCCCUCACAUGUUUAUAGGGAUAGAGACACUGCUAUUUUGUGAAAGAUCCCAAGAUUCUUGUGGAGCAUUUACUACUAUACCAUCCAUCAAAACACUUCAAUAUUUUUCAUCCAGUGGGGCGACUACGUACACCCUCGAUACUACUCCGAAUAUUUAUUUUUCCAUAUUUCAGGAUAUUUCAGUCCGAGUGUUCUUUGAAUUACCUUCAUACCUGCUCGGAGACUUUAACCGAUUUUACUGGAUACACUUGGAGCCUGUAGCUCAAGUUCUGGUGGUCCGUCGAGCUCGCCGACAUCGCCUUUCUCUAUGAAACCGGCAUCGAACGACCACCACACGAUGGCCUAUGCACCUAUACUGCCGCCUCGUCUCAGCGACUUCUCCGUCAACUCCCUCCUCACACCGCCCCAAUUCUUCCCGGGGAUGUUCCGCGGACAGGCCUGUUUGCCCGGCGCCGGGCUGCCGGGCUUUCCCCUGCCGAAAUUCGGCGAACAUCCAGCGGGGUACUCCCCGCAUGACUUGUUGGCAGCACACGCUCAUCGCUCAGCAUUGGGCCCCUUACACCCCAUGGAAACACAGAGCGACGAUUCGGAUGAUCCACAAGUUACACUUGAAUCUAAAGAACUUUGGGAGAAAUUUCACAAAAGAGGAACGGAAAUGGUCAUCACAAAAUCAGGCCGGCGGAUGUUCCCUUCUUUCAAAGUCCGUGUAUCUGGGCUGGACAAGAAGGCCAAAUACAUCCUUUUAAUGGACAUCGUCGCCGCCGACGACUGCCGGUACAAGUUUCACAAUUCCCGCUGGAUGGUCGCUGGCAAGGCCGAUCCCGAGAUGCCCAAACGGAUGUAUAUACACCCGGAUUCUCCGAGCACAGGGGAACAAUGGAUGCAGAAAUGUGUUUCAUUCCAUAAGCUCAAACUCACCAAUAACAUCUCCGACAAGCAUGGAUUCCAGACCAUUCUGAAUUCGAUGCACAAGUACCAACCUCGUUUCCACAUUGUCAAGGCCAAUGACAUCCUCAAGCUUCCCUGGAGUCAAUUCAGGACCUUCGUAUUCGUCGAGACCGUCUUCAUCGCUGUCACUGCCUAUCAAAACGAAAAGGUGAGAAAUUAUAUAUACUUAUUCCACCCCCAUAAUUAAGGAAAAACAUUAUUU